CUGAGAGGAGGCUAAACUGAUACAAUGAAGGAGAUGUAUCCCAGUGAGAGUAUUUAUAACCUUAUCCCCCAGGAAGAGGUGAAGGUUUCCAAGCCGCCCAGAUAUGUAUCAACAUUCCGGGAAUCCGUCAAAGUUGAAAAUAAAAAAGUCAAAGCUGCCCACAAAACCAUGGGACCAGCAAAGGUAGAGCCACCGAUCCCUGGGGAUUUCCUGCAUAAACAUACAAAAGAGUUCAUGUUGGCUGAAAAAAGUGCUUCCAUGGAUCCCUCAGAGAAAAUCCCAAGGUGUCUGGAUGAAGAGAAAAGGCGCCCCCCAGUUCCCCACCACACAGACCAUCCAGUCAUGGGAGUGCAUUCAAACAAGAACUUCAUCAAGACCAAUGUAGCAGAAGCAGUCAUGGCUGUUCCCAAGAAGCCACAACCAAUAUCUGUUGAUACUAAGAAAGGAGAUAAGCAUGUGCUUGAAAGUUCUGGGCUUGUUCCUAAAUACUUGAAAAAAAAGGAUUAUGGUGAAACUCCUGAAUACAUAGUAAAGCGAAAUGAAGAAGUAAAAAGAGCCCAGGAAGAGUAUGAUGCUUAUGUAAAAGAGAGACUAAGAAUGGGAGCCAUGAAGCAGCUGUCUGAUGAAGAAAGGCAAAGCGUCUUAGAGGGACUGAAGAAAAACUGGGACAAACUGCACCACGAUUAUCAAGCACUGUCGGUUGUGAUUGAUACGCCACCAAAGAAGGCACACAAAGAAAGACUUGAAGCUGAAAUGAAACAGUUAGAGAAAGACAUUGAUCGACUUGAAAGGCACAAGAUUAUCUACAUUGCAAAUAAUUAAAUGCAGUUUAAAAUGAACCCGCCUUACUAUGCAGAGCAUCACUCUGGAACCAACCGAAUAAAGAAUACUUUUGGGAA